AUGUCCACUUAUCAAGAUUUGGAAGCCAAAUAUGAAACCGAGGAAACGCCAGAAUCACUCAUGCUGCGUGUUCACUUUCCUAAUGGUUUUGAACGUGAGCAUAUUGGUGGUAAGGUUGAAUACGAUCUUGCAAGGGUGAGAGUUCAUGGUGAAAGAUCUCUUGGAUACGGAGGAAAGGUCCGUUUCAAUACAUUUUAUCAAGUUCCAGAAUAUUGUGACAUAAAAAAGGUUAAGGGAAAGUUCGAUGGAAAAACUGUCAUCAUCACAAUACCAACUAUUCCAGGUAAAGUCCCUAAAAAAGAGCCACAAGAACCUCCCAAAGAACCAGCACAAGAAGCAGAAUCAAACCCUGAAGAUGAUAAACAAGGUGCCCCUACUCCUACAGAUGAUAAUCAAGAGAAAACCAAAUCAACAACUGAGAGUAAAAAAGAGGCUGAUCAUGAGACUUCAGCACCACCAAAUGCCACACAAGAGCCUAUGCAUCAAAAGGGUCAAGAGGGAGAUCAACAAAAAGCUACAAUAACUAAAGUUGAAAGUGGAAAACAAGUUGGUCAAGAGACUUCAACCCCAACAAAGGACACAGAAGAGUCUAAGUCUCAAAAGGGUCAAGAAGGAAUCCCCCCAAAAGCUGAUAGUACAAAAGUUUGUCAUGAUGGAUCAACUUCAACCCCACAAGAACACACAAAAGAAUCUAUGCCUCAAAAGGGUAAAGAAGAAACUCCCCCAAAAACUACCUUUUCAACAAAUGCCAAGCUUCAAGGAGAGGAAAAGUUUGCAGAGGAAAAUGAUGAGAAUGAGGAAAAGCAGAAGUCUAAUGAAAAGGUAGAAAGCGAAGACCGUUCCAAGAAGGAUUUGGAAUCAGGAAAGGCACAUGAAAAGGAUGGGGUGGAGGAUUCCCCUAAAAGGGAAAUCAAAGAAGAAAGUAAAGGGUUGGGAACAUUUGAAGGAGAGAAAAUGAAUGGUAAAAUUGGCAAUGAUGUUGGAUACAAGAGUGAUGAAAAGGCCAUGCCUGAAUCAGCAACAAGGUCUAGAAUUAAGGAAGUAGCUGCUUCUGCUUCUCAAGCUGUGACUAGUCUAGCCAAGAGGUUCAAUGAAGAAGAUAAACAAAGGAUAAUAUACAUGGGGGCAGCAGUUCUCGUGGUGGCACUAGGAGUUUAUGCUACCUACAAGCUUCGUUUACGUAGACCAUAG